AAUGGGUUUGGUUGUUUCUGAGCUGUAGAGUUUUAGAACUAUAGACACAUGGCUUUUUUGGAGAAAGGACUGCUGUUGAAUGAGGGUCAGUAGAAAGCGAUUCAUAUCUCAAUUUUAAUAAAUUAACUUUUGCAGAUUAAAAAGUCACCUUUGGACAAGGGUUUGGAAGGAAAUGGGUUUAUAUUUGAUUUGAAUUGUUGUUUUGAUCUGCCAAUGGAAGACAAUUUGUCUUCAGGUAAUAUGAUUACUGGUGGUGCUGCUUAUGGGGAUCUUGACUUGCAAGGCCCCAUGCGAGUUCAUCGCCAGCAGCAACCACCCUUUAUCCUCCAUCAGCAACAUCAUUCUCAUCCCAGACAAGCCUCAAUGAAUCAUCCAACGAUUCCCGAGGGUUUCCCUCUCAGUAGAGGAAGCCUGCAGGAUAGUGAGCAAACCAUGUCUUUGGCUGAUCAUUCUAAAGGAGAGAGGGGCAAAAAUUAUGUUAGUGAUGAGGAUGAGCCAAGUUUUAUGGAAGAUUCUGCUGAUGAUCACAUUGAUUCAACUAGAGGGAAGAAGAUUUCUCCAUGGCAUCGCGUGAAAUGGACUGAUAUAAUGGUGAGACUUUUAAUCACUUCUGUUUCUUAUAUAGGUGAGGAGGCUGCUGCUGAAUGUGCUGGUGGGGCAAGAAGGAGAUAUGCGAAUUUACACAAAAAAGGUAAGUGGAAAACUGUCUCGAAGGUCAUGGCUGAAAGGGGUCAUUUUGUUUCGCCACAGCAAUGUGAGGAUAAAUUCAAUGACCUCAACAAAAGGUACAAGAGACUUAAUGAGAUCCUUGGGAGGGGAACUUCUUGUGACGUUGUUGAGAAUCCGGCACUUCUGGACAUGUUGGAUCACAUAUCAGAGAAAGCAAAGGAUGAGGUUCGCAAAAUUUUAAGCUCAAAGCAUUUGUACUAUGAAGAGAUGUGUUCUUACCAUAAUGGGAACCGGUUGCAUCUGCUCCCUGAUCCUGAAUUGCAGCGUUCUUUGCGUUUGGCUCUUAGAAGUAGAGAUGAUCAUGAGAACAAUGACGUAAGGAGGCAACCACAAAAUGAUCCCGAUGAUGAUGAUGAGCAAGAUGCAGAAGUGGAUGAACAUGAUGAAUGUGAGGAUAAUCAUUUCUUUCAUGAGAAUCACAGGGGUGUAAAUGAGAUGCCGGUGAGCUCUGCAAAGAGGAUAAAACACUGCCUGGGUCAUGGAAAUAUUAGUGUUAGUAAUUCCUUGAAUUUUUUAGAUUGUAACAAAACUUUCAGUUCUCAGCCACAAGAUGCCAAUGCUCAUAUGAAUCAAGCAUUACCAGAAAAUAUGAAAACAAAAAUGUUACAAGAGCAGUGGAUGGAUCAACGGUCUCUUCAGUUAGAAGAACAGAAGGUAAAAAUUCAGGCACAGAUGUUGGAAUUGGAGAGAGAACGGUUUAAGUGGCAAAGGUUUUGCGAGAAAAGGGACCGGGAGUUGGAAAUAAUGAGAAUGGAAAAUGAGAGGAGGAAACUUGAGAACGAGCGAAUGGCAUUAGAGUUGAAGCGGAGGGAGAUGGGUGCUGACAAAUGACUAAUCAGCCAAUGCUCUUAAAUUUAGUUUGCCUAACAAGGACUUGGUGUGUACAUCUCCAGUUUCUUUUGUUUUGGUGAGCUGCCAUUGAUCUUAAGUGGAGUAUCAAACUCCAAUCGGAUAAUCUCAUUUCAAGUUUUGUCUCUGCCUGCAUAUAUGGUAAAUGGUACAAACCGGUAGUUUUCACCGUUUUCCCAUAAAGUCAGUGGUAUUGCCUAUAUGUGUAUGAAUAUUAUGACAGGAAAGUCUCUGUUAUCCUUGUAUCCCUUUGUUAAUUGUGUUUCUGUUUGUAAUUCUUGAAGAUUUAAUAUUACUCAAAAAAUCGAUGUUAGGAGCAUUGUAUUUUUUGUGGUAGUUUCCAC